AUAUUGUAAGAGCUGAAAAAACUAAUGCCUGGCUCGCACACCUUCUGCCUUCAGAACAAAAAUGUUGUGACUGCUCUGUUUUAUAAAUAGAAAUGCUGGAGUUAAAUCGUGUCGGUGCAGAUCUUGAACACGUACAGCUUAAUUUUAUGUGUUGUCCUUCUGAUGCUGCGAUUGUCACAGGGAAAAUGCAUUUAAAUGCUGCAGCUGUUGAUUUGGUUUACGAAAAAUAGCUUGAGCUUGUAUUUCCAUUUCUGUGUUGACAUGUUGGCUAUUGGAAACUAACACAGCCCUACUCUGACGUGUCUGUUCUUAGCAGAAUGUUACCAUUUGAAACACCCUAUUAUUGCUUGAAGGCUUGAAAUGUUUGCCUUUCUGGAAUCUGGUUCUCUUACAAAGAGGCAUGGCAGGGGAAACGAGACACGGAGGUGCAGAACUUCAACUUGGGAUCUUCUCUGAUAAAUUUACGUGUUGGCCUUAGGCGAUGAGUCGCUGCCUCAGUUUCCCUGAGUCUAACUAGACGCUAAUGAUGCCUACUUCAAAGAUACUUUGUGAGAAUUAAUUAAUGCUUGCAAAGGCCUUUGAAGAUGAAAAAAUAGGGGUUGAAAUACCAAGUUUUCAUGCCCCAGGUAAAUAUUCUGUGUACCGUCUGGAGUCAGGCUUCUUCAGAAUCUCUCGAGCACUUGCAGGUAUUUCGAGGGCCUCGUUUCAGUGGGACCGUGGCAAUGAACCCUUUGGGACACACCGAGGGGUAUCGCUGGCCUGGCACAAGUCAGUUCCUCGCACGUUCCACCACGGAGAGAAAUGCAGAUGCUACCUCGUGGCCUCAGCAGCGCGUACCACUCAGAAUGUAAUCAGCAGGUAUAUCCUGAAAAUGGUACCACUACCUUUUCUAUUUAUUUUCCCCCAAGGCAGGUUUCUGUCUUUUGCAGCGUUUGAUACAACAGUCCGCCUAUGAGCUGGCAUGAAAUGAUUUACGGUCAUUGUAGCACUGUGUUUUUGAGCCAACAGGUAGGCUAAAACAGACCGGAGGAGCACUGUUCACUCGACUUUCUGUGGAAGCUGAAUGCUUGUGGUGUUAUAAGAUCUUGAUUUCUUGUUGGACAUGCGAAUUCGCUACGUGAUGUGCAAGCCGGUGUGCAGGGAUAAAAAAGGAUUUUCAGAUUGUUCUACAUCUUCUCUGGGCUGGCAUCGCCUCUUUUCUUUUGUCCACUUUGCCAGUGACAUAGGAAUCGCAUACUUCAUAAACACUGAACUAGUUUAGGAUGCUGUAUUGAAUUGUUAGUGAAUUAUGAGAUAACUUGGUCUGGUCUUUUUCAGUUGAGGAAUCUGAGGAAGACUGGAGCGCUGUCAGUGGUUUGGUGGCUCGGCAGCCUGGGCAGAGGUGGGAUCCGGGCUUCGAUCUGCAUCCACACGCUUGACUGCGAAGCACGCGCGAGCCAGGGCGAGGUGCUUGCUGCUCAGUUUGAGCCGUGCUAGACACAACAGUGGCGGUAGUCGCUCUUCCAAAACCUUCAAACCAAAGAAGAACAUUCCAGAGGGCUCUCACCAGUACGAGCUGCUGAAACAUGCCGAAGCCACGCUCGGGAGCGGCAAUCUCCGCAUGGCCGUCAUGCUUCCGGAGGGGGAAGACUUGAACGAAUGGGUCGCAGUUAACACUGUCGACUUCUUCAACCAGAUCAAUAUGCUUUACGGAACCAUUACGGACUUCUGCACGGAGGAGAGCUGCCCCGUGAUGUCUGCAGGCCCCAAAUACGAGUACCACUGGGCAGAUGGGACAAACAUCAAGAAACCAAUUAAGUGCUCUGCACCAAAGUACAUUGAUUACCUGAUGACGUGGGUCCAGGAUCAGCUGGAUGAUGAAACGCUAUUUCCUUCUAAAAUAGGUGUACCCUUCCCAAAGAAUUUUAUGUCGGUGGCAAAGACAAUUCUAAAGCGUCUGUUCAGAGUCUAUGCUCACAUUUAUCACCAGCACUUCGACCCCGUGAUCCAGCUGCAGGAAGAGGCUCACCUUAACACUUCUUUCAAGCACUUUAUCUUUUUUGUUCAGGAAUUCAACCUUAUCGAUAGAAGAGAACUUGCACCACUUCAAGAACUGAUUGAAAAGCUCACCUCUAAGGACAGAUAAAAGGAAGAGGAUUUCUUGAAGUCACUUGUUUCUUUAAGCAAGCGUGUGGUAUUUGUUUUUUGUUCAUCUGUUUUUUUAAAAAACAAAACGAAACCCUGUGCUGUUAUUAGUGGCAGCCAAGAUCUACUUUCUGUGCUUCUCUUAGGGGAAAUCUCUUGUCUGGUAGUGACACGCAGUAAAUAGCCUUUUGUUUUCAGUUGUUGUUACUCGUUGUGGAGUUGUGGCGGGUGCUGAGUGUUGGUAACGGAACGUGCCUGGCUGGGCCGGACUCUGCUGCUGGGCGGGUUCUGUUUGCGGCACUGCUGGCUCGUUCUCGUCAAGUCCCUACAGACUUGCUCACAUUCUCCAAGUGCCUUGGCAGACUCGCUUCUGAGGUGCAAAGCACAUACAGUACUGAGCAUCGCUGGACGCAGAAAUACCAACUAACACCCAGCACACUUACCGAUACUUGUCUUAGAAAGAUAUAUAUUUGCUUACACUAAAAAAAGCCAUAACUUACUGAAAUCAAUGAUCUCCAGCUUUUAAUACAAAUAUUUGUCUUAUUUUUUUAGAGCUUAAUACAGAAUUUUUCAAAUAUAGUUAUUUCUUAGAAAGAAAAGUGAUGGUGAAGUUCUCGUCGCCAAAUCAGAACAAUGGAAGUGGUGUCAAAAUUACCAAGAGCCUGCGCUUAGCACGUAGUUACGCGUCUGCUGCAUCGGGUUGGGCUUUUCAUAGUUGAUUUAUCUUUUUAAUGGGAGAAGCAUCUCCUUGGGUCUGUCACUUUUGUUAAGUUUCCUGGCAUUUGCCAGAUGAACGUUAGUUUGCACAAAUAGUUAGGGAAAAUAUUCAAUAGAACAAAUGCACUGGGGCAAUAUAAGAAAGCCUGGUUUGCAGAAUGACUGGUGAGGUGGCGUUGGUGAGUUCCGAACCAAAAGCCUGGCUCUGGGGGGAGCUCUGCUGGCUCGUGUUUUCCUGUGCUAGGAAAUACCUCUUGGAGGAAAUAGAAUUUCAUGGACCGCUUUGGAUUUCUGUCAGCACGGUGGCAUUCUCUCCCAUUUCAAUCGCAGCCCAGCUCCGAGGAACUACAGCAGCUGGGAAGAGUAAUAGGAGUGCACUGGUGACUUCUCAGGCGGUUGUAAUUUGGUAAGCACAUUCUGUCUAUGAGAAAACCUCAUCCAAGCGUGGCCUUGCCCACCUCGGUGAGCGCCUCCGUCUCCCUAGGCUUGUGUUUGCUCAGACCAGAAAUGAGAGUCGCCGGUGGCGAGUUAACUUGUGGGGUGAUUGCAGACCUGGAAGUGACUUAGAAGUUCCUGCCGCAGCUCUGUCCUCAGGGUUCCUGCUGCAGAAGCCCCUGGCUGCUUUUCACGAGCAUGUCUCGGUCUUGUCGAAGCCGUUGUAUUUUGGAUUCAAAGAAAUUUGCAUUAAGUUCUGUGAUGUGCUGUCCCAUGAUAUCACUAGUGGCCAAAUAUAAUACCCAGGUGGUUAAUGUUGCCAGGCUUUACCAGAUUGUGACUCGACAAAACAACCAGCUUUAGACCUAAUGUGAAGACCUUAACUGACCAGUGUACCCUAGACUGACUCCUGAACCUCUGAAACUUAGCGGUGAAGCCAGGGUUGGUGUGCGACAGUGAGGCUGAGCUUGUUUUGUGCGCCUUAGCUACACCGAAAAUGCCCAGUGAGGCAGAAAACACUGCGCAGCAGUCUGCAAAAUCUGUAAGUGGCUGCAUGCACAGCAACGGAUAAGCAUCUAAGCACAGUAAUAAACAUACCAGAGACUGGAGGAAACUAGAAUCACUACUUUUGAGGUAAAAUAGUGUAUUUUGGAAGCACCUGAAGGCUUUUUUAAAGAGCUCUGUUACCUUCAGCUGAGUGAAAUUUCCUAGUGUGCUAAAACUGCUUCCUAGAGAAGCAAUUUAAAGUUGUUACCUCGUAUGUCUUUUUUCUCUGAACAGACGGGAGAGCAGUUGAGGCAGCCUGGUGUUGAACUACAGACUGGCACGGUGCGCUCGCGUCGCUGCUUUCAUUGGAAAUGGAAGCGCAGAGUCCUGUAGGGUGCUGAGGAACGGUCAGGGUGUUCGUACCCAGUCGAGGCUUGGCUACAGCAAUGCUAAAUACAGAGGCUGCUUGCAAAGCACCUGCAGUUUAGCAUUUGCAACUCACACAGUCCUUGUUUUCUUUUGAAGCUUCACUACAGUUCAAGAGAAUGUGGAACGUGUUUGGCUUGUUUGCAGAUAAAUGUCAUUGCCCAUUGAGAUCUGCUCCAAUGGCAAGUGAAGUUUUCACUUAUGUUUUGGCUUUUUUACAUCAUAUAGAAUCGCCAGGUUUUCUUAAUGUGUGGGUGUCAGAGGAAAGGGCUUUUAUGUUGAGUUCACUUGGCCACGCAGAAGCAGCUGAAGUCCUGAGUUUGAAGUGCACUAUUUUAAGCAGGCCUCAGUCUUGCAGGAAGCUGAACUGGAGAACGUGCUCUUGCACGGGCAGCCCUUUGUGCUGUACUUCUGUCAGAGGAGCAUUUGGUGACACACGGUCUCGAGCUUGCGAGCGAGGUAGGCUGGAGCUCCGGAGGCUCCAGAGCACUGCAGACGCGCUUAGGUACAAAAAUCCUGUCCGGGUUCCAAGGCAAACCGCCUUGCCGCGUUGAGUCAGUGCUGCCUGAGAGGCUGCGCGGGCGGGUUGGCGGCGCGCGUGGGCUGCGCUGACGGCACUGGCUGGAGAGGAGCCUUUCAGCCAGCGCUGGGCUCGUGUCAGCGCGUCCCUGCAAGACACGAGGGCGAGGGGGGCAGGAGAGCCCGCUCCAAAGCGUGAGAUAGGAGAGACCCCUCAUUACAUUUCAAGCUGUUGCACUGGUUUGGUGUCGUUUACUGGCAAGAAACCCCGAAGAAACACAUUUGGCAGUGACGAUUUGCUUGGAUUGAUACCGGAGCAGUUUUUAUCAUUUCCAUUCUGCUUCUGCUGUGGAGGUCUUUUUUCUUCUUCUUCUUCUUUAAUAGCCAAUUCUGGAAAUUCAGAGGCAUCUGCUGCAGUUCAGCCAAUCAGAAUAAGAAGCUAUUAUGUAAGAAAAUGAGUUUAUUUUUGUACUCAGUAUCUGGCAGUAGAAUCCCCUUCGACAGAAUAGCUUCUAGGCAUGUAAUAAAAGCUUGGAGAUCAUGAUUUGCCUGACAGCUGUAUGAACACAUAGUUUAACUAUCCAACACUUGAAAAAUAACAACAUUCAAGAUAGGUAUGCAGUGUUUGGGAUUUAAUAUCCCUAUGCUGUUUAUAUUUGCAGCUUUUAAUUGUUCAUUUUUUUUUUCCUUAAAAAAGUUGUGGGACCAGAAGUUCAUGUGUGUUUACAUUCCUGGAGUAAGGGCACAUUGAAAUGCUGAACAAAAAUUGCCAUGUUUUACAAGCUGCCCCUGGAUGGAGUGAACGUGUUUGUACGACACCUCCCUCACCCCCAAACAAAACCCGCAGAAACGGGCCCUGACCGGGGCCCCCCGCUGCCUGCACUGCCCGCGGCCUCUGCUGUUCACCAGGAGGACUCGGAGACGGGAGCUGGGAGCUCGUUGCCGUCUGGAGCGUAAGGUGUGGGUCGGCCCUUCUGGUUAACGGGUCCGUAAAUUCUGUGACUUGUGGUGCUUUGUCUGCCAGCGUGUUAGACCGUGUCAGUGACGCGGGUGGUGACUUCAGGAGGUCGUCUGCCUCGAGCGGAGAUGGGGCUGCCUGCCCAGCUCGAGUUCCGCCGCCGCUGCCAGUGCUGACGCUGUUUAGACAGUGUGGAUACGCGAUGCUCGCGGAAAUAUCUUUUCCAAGUCCUUCGAAUCCGGUCAGGGAUGCAGGUUGGUGUGAAUAGAAAGUGAAAAGGCUACGCUCUGCCGUUGCAGGGAGCUGAACGGCAGACGAGCCGAGAAAAGAGGUUGCAAGGGCAGGUGGCCCAUCUGCAAGUAUCGAGUUUCUUUUACUGCUUACUAUGCAAUAGAGAGCUUUGAACUCCGGCUGUUCCUGUCAGAUAGAGGAGCACUGUCCUUACUCAGUCCUUACUCAGUCUGUAGCGGCUGAGCACUCUCCUGGUCUCCUUGACACUCACUGAACAGGUAAAUUACCUAUUUGCUGCUAUGGACUGUACUCACCUUUCCCGUCGUUCUUUGUGUCUCGCGGGUCAGCAGGCACAAUUCUACUCUGAACGCAUCCUUUCUGGACAGCUGUUCUUUUCCGUGCUGGUCUCCCCGCUUCCUACGUGCCGGAGUGCUGCGUUGCUCCACAUAAGAAACCCCUUUUAGCUGAACUAUUUAAAAAGCUGCAGCACGAACACAGACUCCGUGCUUUUCUUUCACAACGAUUUCCCGUCACCCUGAAUCUUGUUUCCUUCACUGCUAAUAUCAGUUGUCUUUUCUUCCUAAAACCACUAGCAGUCCUAUGAACGCCUGUUGUCUUUUUCUGCUUAUCUUCCGUAAGGUGAGGCUGACGUUGCUUAUUCCAAGCGUUAAACUGUGUUAUUCUCCUGCUUUUCUUACUCCUCUUGCCAGGUUAAGAUUGCAGCCUAGGGAAAUACCAGAUUAUGUUUGUGUUUGAAGAACCAAUUCCCUAAAUUGUUCAUAGAGUAUUGUAUUUUUAGGGGGAAAUUAAUUUUUAUAGCCACUAAACUAUACUCAUUAUUUUUGUACGUUUGCGACCUGUGACAUUUUUCCGAGCCGUGUCGCGGAGGGAACACUUGUUUUCAAGGCUGUUUGACUACUUCUGUGUGCUGUGGUUGUGUUGCGUAGCACCAGUGAAGCACAUAGCUCGAUGCGCAAUGGCAGAGAGAAUGCGGUCCAGGUGAAUGAGGUUUCAAUAAGAGGCCAUUCGUGAAGGCAAAAGCAUUUUAAAAAAGGAUAUUAGAAAAGCAACACUAACCUUUCCAACAGAAUCCUAACACAUGUGGAGAAAAUAUGGUGGAAAAUAGCAAAUGCAAGAUGAGAACCCUUACUGUAAGCUAACUGUGCCAAUAUCGCUUCAGUUCGUACUCACUGAUAUUUUAGUUCUAAAUGAGAACAGCUUUUGAUUAAAAAAAAAGUUGAAUGUCUGCAAAUCUGCAACAUGUUUAUUUGGGAGCUGUAAAUAAUGUAUACAGAUUGUUGUAUGUGAUGGGGCAAAAUAUUUAAAUGCUAGGUUUUUUUCAAUAAGAAACUGAAGGCUGUUUAUAAGAGAAAAUAAAUAGCUAUGUUUGACCUUGAUUGUCUUUUCUUCCUUCUUGAACUUGUUUAUAAAUUAUCUUCUACUUGUAGAUAGUUUUUUCUGUAUAUUGUACACAGACGAACAUGACACAUACAAAAUAGAUUUUGUAAUUGCCUUGUCUAAAUUUGUGAAUAUUUGUAUUGCAGGCAGACACAAUAGCAAUAAAACCACCUGAUAACCUUUGCA